UUUUUGGGCAUGAUGAGUAAUCUUGUUCGGGAAAGAACUCCAGAGCGAGCUGUUCAUGGUCAGGGUACGGGAGCGUUCGGUUUCUUUGAAGUGACACAUGAUAUCUCACAUAUUUGUAAAGCUGAUUUUCUGAAAAAAGUCGGACAGAAGACGCCCAUUGCCAUAAGGUUUGCCACAUCAGGAGGAAGCAGGGGAAGUGCUGACCUCGUUUUAGAUAAUCGAGGCUACUCAGUGAAGUUUUAUACCCGUGAGGGAAAUUUCGACAUAGCUGGAUUUAAUACUCCGGUAGCUCCAUUUAAGGAUCCUCUGGACGGUCAUAUUAUAACUCGUUCAGCUAGAGCAAAUCCAGCAACAAAUGCUCCGGAUGCGAACAUGGCAUUGGAUCGGGCUACUCUAGUUCCUGAGAGUUUACACAUGCUGAUGUAUACAUACUCUGGUCGCGGUAUUCCAGCUAGUUAUCGAAAUAUGCCUGGUUUUUCAGUUCAUACGUAUCAGGUUGAAAAUGAGAAUGGGGAUCAAUAUUUCAUCAGAUGUCAUUUCUUGCCAGAUGGUGGUAUCAAAUAUAUGAAAGCUGAGGAAGCUAGACAAAUUCGAGCUGACGAUCCUCAUUAUUUAACAAAAGAUUUAUACCGGGCAAUUGAAAAUGGUGAUUAUCCGUCUUGGACCUUUAGUGUUCAGAUCUUAACAGAAACUGACGUUGAAAAUGAAGGACCUGGAGUAUUCGAUCUCACAAAGAUUAUUCCUGAAGAUCGUUAUCCAUUACAUGAAGUCGGUAAAUUCGUUUUGAAUAGAAAUGCUAAAAACUUCUUUGCAGAAGUAGAACAGCUAGCGUUUUGUCCGUGUAAUUUAGUUCCAGGUAUACACGGAGCACCUGAUAAGGUGUAUGAAGCACGUCGUUUGAUCUACAGAGAUGCACAAGUAUACCGUUUGGGAGGAAAUGUAUUCAACAUUCCUGUUAACUGUCCAUUCCUCGUCCAAACUCAUACUUAUAAUAGAGAUGGUAUGCCUCCAGUUAGUGGAGGUGAAGGGCCUAACUACUAUCCUAAUUCAUUUAAUGGUCCUGAGCCGUUUGUACCAAAACAUAGUACAGGUUUAAUUAAUAUUAUAGAAAAAGACGGCGCAGACAACUUCGACCAAGCUGGAGAUUUGUACGCCAACAUACUGACAGAAGAGGAACGAUCAACGCUGAUUAAAAAUAUAGUGUCUAAGUUGAAGACCGCGACUCACUUUCUUCAAAAGAGAGCGCUAGAACUAUUUACCUCUAUUAAUCAAGAUUUCGGCGAUCGUUUAAAACAAGAAAUGAACAUCACUAUAUGUUCUAACUAA